CUAGCUCUUGCAUCAUUCCAAAGUUUUAGAGCUUUCGUUUGAUUCCCCUUUUCACCCAAAAGCAUUAAGCAAUGAGUCUCACUCACAAGUUCCUCAACAUUGCAUUGCCUCUAGUAACAUUAAUUGUCCUCCCCAUUAUCACAGUACCUUUUCUCUUCUUCAAGCUAGUGCUUUCUGUGAAAAAGUUGGUUUGCAUUGAAAAUCUGACCAGAAAGGUCGUACUAAUCACGGGUUCAGCCUCAGGAAUUGGCGAGCAACUUGCUUACGAGUAUGCUAAGCGAGGAGCAGUUCUAUCACUGGUUGACGUUAGAGAGGAUAAUUUGAAAGCAGUAGCCGAUAAGGCUAGGUCUCUGGGUUCCCCAGAUGUCAUCACAAUCGUUGCUGAUGUAUCUAAGGUCGAAAAUUGUAAACGGUUUGUUGAUGAAACCGUUAAUUACUUUGGACACAGUAAGUUGUUUUCUUUGCAAUUAUGUUUACAGUGGAUACCUAGUGCUGGAACUGUAAUGGUUGAAAAGUUGGAGGAUUGUAUCGAUAUUUCUGUGCCGCGUCCAAUUAUGGAUGUAAAUUUCUGGGGUGCACUUUAUGGGACUCUGUUUGCAAUUCCACAUCUGAAAAGGAGCAGAGGCAAGAUCGUAGUGAUUGCUUCAGGUUUGGGAUGGUACCCUCUUCCAAGACUUGGUUACUAUAAUGCAAGCAAGGCAGCAAUCAUAAACUUUUUUGAGACGCUGAGAACUGAACUUGGCUGGGCAAUUGGAUUCACAAUUGUUUCGCCUGGCUUCAUCAAAACAGACCUCUCAAAGAGAAUCUUGGCUUCGGAGGCUAGUCUUAGGUUAUUUCCAAUGGCAUCAGCAGAGGAAUGCGCUAAAGCAGUUGUACAAGGGGUGUGUAGGGGAGAUUUGUACGUGACAUACCCUUUAUGGGUGAGGUUGGGAUUUCCUUUGAAGGUGAUUUUUCCAGAACUUGUGGACUGGCUUCAUCGACUGGUUUUCAGGAUAUCUACCAACGCUUUUGAAAACAAGGAAAAUCUGAACUUAUCACAGAACUCGCAGCUUAAGGCAGAGUAAAAGUCUGUCAAUUUUCACUGAUAUGGUCAUUUUGGACUGUCAAAACUAAUCUGGGGAUGUAAUAAUCAGUUGUGAGCCGCUAUAGUUGUUUUAAUAAUGUCCAAUGUAAUUUAGGUUAUUUGCCUAGCAUGCAUGGAAGUUCCAGCACAAGUAAAAAAAUGAUGAAACAAAUUCUGCAGAAAACUUUGUUUUUCUCUAUCCAAAGACAAAUGGAGAUUCAAGAUUGUUUAUC